AUGGGCUUCUCCAGUGUCAUUGUUUAUCUUCUUCUGCAAAUUCUUUCGGCCAGAAGUGAUUUCCUGUCUCCUCUGUUCUCUCCAUUAUCUGAGGACGUGUGCAAAGAAGUGGAAUGUGGAAAGGGAACUUGCAAGCCUUCUGUGAAUGGCACUUUCUUGUUUGAAUGCGAUUGCGAUUCAGGUUGGAGGCAAACUCUUUCUUCUCAUGAUGAGGGCUUCAAGUUUCUUCCUUGCAUAGUUCCUAAUUGUACUCUGAACCACUCUUGCUCCAAUGUCCCUAGCCCUGCUCAACAGAAAGAAAGAAAAGCCAAUGAGUCAAUAUUUGAUGCUUGCCAUUGGGUAGAUUGUGGAGGUGGCUCGUGCAACAAGACAUCCUUUUUCUCUUAUAGUUGCAUCUGUGAUGCUGGCUAUUACAAUAUUCUCAAUGCCACUGCCUUACCUUGCUUCAGAGAAUGUGCUUUUGGUUUGGGUUGCUCUAACCUUGGAAUAUCAAUGACGAACUCAUCCACAGCUUCACCACCACCACCAUUGAAUGUGAAUGCUAGCUUAAUUCUACGAGGAAGCUCCCCUUGGCUGCUCGUGCUGAUUAUAUUUAUAGCCAAUAAUAUACAGUUGCAGUAG